UAUUAUCUUUUCAUCGCCGGUACGACGUCAUGUUGGUAAAGCCUAUCGGAACAGGAUCUAUUUACAGUAUUUAUUCUGCUUAUACAUAACGUCGCAAUUCCAGUUCCUGUUUAUGAGAAAAAUUUUCAUAACGGUCAUUCUGAUCUGCUCACUAAACACAACUUUUGCGAAUCAAUCAGACAAAACUGACGUGGCUAUUUGUGUCUUCUGGGGCAUAUUGACCGAAUACUCUUAACGCGCUCUGGUUCACACCACAGGCAAGGUGCAAAAACCGGGUCAGCGUCUUUUAUGUGAGAAACUUAAUUGUCCACCACCAUCGCAAGUAUUUCACAACCGCAAAGCACAAGGAGUAUAGAAUUGGCACGGAGUAACGCCCAGCGUAAAGAGGCAGUCACGAGCACUUUCCUUUGUUCUGCUUUUGUGUAAACGUUUACUUUUGGGUACUUUCGCGUUCGAUCGAUCCGCCGUAGAAAACAAACAGGAUUAACUGGGACGGGCAUGGGCAUACUAUAGCUGAUUAUUAUUCGACGGCGGAGUUGAGAGACUGUGAAAACGUUUCAAGCCGCCACUUCCCCCUAACAAGCCAAUCAUGGGGGCUCUCGGGCAGUUUGGACUUAUAUUAAAGAAGAAUUUUAAGCAAAAGCUUCGGCAACCGGUUCUUUUGCUUCUGGAAAUUCUGUGGCCCAUUGCAUUAUUUGUUGUCGUGGCUCUGAUCAGACAGCAGACGUUACCUCAGUAUAUUGGAUCAUGUGAAUUUGGAGAGCGGGCCAUGCCCAGUGCAGGGGUUCUUCCAUUUCUACAAUCUUUUGUAUGUAACAUAGACAACAAAUGCCAGUCUAGAGCACAGGUGGAGGAGUCCGUACUUGCCAGUGCCAGGGUUUCACAAAUUUUUGAGGAAAUACAACCCAUACUAGAUAAAGAGUCGACCACUGGAGAAGUGUUGCAAGACCUUCCGAAAACAGUGCAACUUGUGGAUUCCUUAAAUGAAGCUUUUCAGGAUGAGGAUGUCCAGAAAAUACUCAAGGCUGACUUGAAAGUGAGAGACCUUUUCAAAAGUCCCGAAGAUGUAAAAAAUUAUCUGACAACCCAGGCGGGUGUCUUGGCUCCAGACAUUGUGGAGGCCGUAUUAAAUUCAUCCCUCAAUGUCAGUAAGCUCUAUGACUUAAUAGGCUACAGGGACUACAAGGGCAUAGUCUGCAGCCCAACCCGUCUCAAGGAGUACCUGCUGUUUCCAAGGGGAACAGACGUGGAUGUUGUCAGCAGCAGUAUGUGUAACAUCAAUGAGGAUCUUAUCCCACAGAUAGUGGAAGAACUGCAGCGACAGAUCAGUGUCACCAAAAUCUUAAAUCUGGCUAGUGAGAUGACGGGAGCCAUUGCUAACAUCACAGAGAUGGAAAUCCUUCAUGAUGUAGCCGCCAUGAUGAAACUUUUGACCAACAUGUCCUCCCUUCAGCCACUGAUGGCCAAUGUCCCCCAGCUCCGUGAAGCCAUGGGCUGGCUGCGUAAUGUCGCAAACUUCAUACAGUUGAUGCAGAACCCAAUUUCUGGCAAUAUGGAUUUCAAUUUCAUUGGUCGGUUUCUGAAUGACCUUGACCCACUGAUCACCCAGUGGACACAGAACAGCCCAGUGUGGACAGACAUCAAGAGGGGCAUUAAGGUUGGACAGGCCAUUGCUAACUGGACCAGCAAUGGACUCCAAGUCAUUCCAGAUACAAAGAUCACAUUCUACAACCUCUUCCCUGAGGGAACCACCAUAGCAGAGUAUAUCAAUACCACCCUAAGACUGGCACCCUAUGUACAACAUACUCUGUUUGCUUCUACUGUCAAUAUGAAGAAGCUCCAAGAAAUGUUAGCCCAAAUCCAGCAGAAUGUCAGUGUCCAGCACCUGUACUGUGUUGACCCUGGCUACAUCAGCAUCUUUGAGAUUACACAUGAAGAGGAUCGUCCUGUCUUGCAAGAGCUGCAGGAUGCCCUCUGUAGGAUUAAUGUCUCUGCUGCUUACAAUGAUGAGCUGAUGAAGGCUUUUAAAGUUGAUCAGCUGAUUCAUCAGGUUCAAACUCUCUCUAACACAUCUAUCCAACUUGGAAACCUAGACUGGACUGAGCUGAUCCAGACCUAUCAAAACUUGGCUAAACAUCAAGCUGAGUUCAAUGAGUAUAUUGAAACCAUUGUGAAAAUGUUUGCAAAUGUCAGAUUUGAGGACUUGGCACAUGAUUUUCAAAAUCUCUGGCAGAGAAAUCUUGAGAUGUGGAUUAAUGGAACACAACCCACAAAUCUUGAGGACAUGUUCCUUCCCUACCUGCAAGGCUUCCAAAUGACAAUGCAAGCGAUGCCAAUAUGGGAUGAGGCUAAGAGAUGGAUGGUUGCUGUAGAUAUUGGCAUGGAGAUGGCACACAGUGGAGUAAGAAUGUACACUGAAUUUAUUCCAUACCUUUAUCACCUGAUCAGGAAUGACACUGGUGUCCAGCAGACAUUCAGAAAGGUCUUGGCCCUGGGUCCUGAUGUAGCACCAUCUGUCAUGACAGCCCUGACCUCUUAUGGAAAUACUCAGUUGCUUAUGGCAGAUCCUAUGAACAUUCAGAAGAUCCUUUGUAACAUCACAGCUUUGAGACAGGCAGCCUCUCUUCCUCGACUCCCCAAUGAUGAAGUGGUUGAGAGGAGCUUGUGUGAUAGUAACCUGACAGCCGUCAUUGUACAACUGCAGAAACAUUUCAACAUUUCCCAGUACAACAAUAUGACAAUGAUGAUAAUGGCUGCCUUCAACAUGAGCACUCCAGAUAACUCUCCACUGUGGAAGAGAGCGAAUAUGACUGCUAUGUGGACCAGAGCUCAGGGUUUAGCUGAGGCCAUGCUGUCAGCCCCCAAUAAGACCAUGGAGACCUAUGCCUUGCUGUAUAACAUGGAUAUAUGGAAAGAUCUGCUGCAACUCAAUAAGACUGCAAUGGCAGAAUGGGAGAAAAUGCUGCAGAGCUGGGCUAAUCCUAAUAAUAUCAUUAACAUGGUGGUGUCAGCCAUGCAGGCCUAUGGACCAAUGAUGGAACAGAACACAGAAAUGUGGGCAUUUGUAGGGCCUAUUGUCCAGUCUCAGUAUGACUAUAUGAUGUUGAGUGACCAACAGUAUGAUUUCCUUCUUGGCAUAAUGAAUGGGACAGGCUACAUUGGGAAGAUGAUGGAUUACCUGUUCCAAUAUGGCCCUGAGCUCAUGGAGACUGUUGCCAAGGCGAUACAGGAACCAGAAAGAAUAUCCGAGUUUUCAAGACACAUCAGUGACAUGGGCAAUAAUGUGGACAUGAAGGUGAUGUUCUGUGAUACAAAUGCAUUUGAGGAACUUCUGCAGCCUCCAUCCAAAAUACCCAUGGCAGAAAUGAAAACUUUCUUCUGCACAAUGAAUGACACUGCUAUGAUGGCAGAGAUCAACCAAUUCACGAAACCUAUGGAAAAGUUUAUGCAGCAGAUGGAACAAAUGUUCAACAUGUCUGCGUCUCGGGAAGCACCCAAAAACUUUGACUGGGAGGGCCUUGGUGCUCUCACAAAGAGCAUGUAUGAGAAAGCAAUGCAGUUUUCAACAGCUGUGGGUUCAUCUCAGAGAUACAAUAUGACAGCUCUGGUCAUGCAGAUGAUGAGUAUGGACUUCAGUGCCUAUGGUCAGUCCUAUGCUAAAGUAUGGUCAGAAAUGGGAAAUAUCUACAGCCUUAGCCGAGACCUAGGUAACCUUAUGACAAUGUUGGACAAUCUGACAGCCAGUGACCCUGUAGCUGGAAAUGUGUGGAACUCUGUCAAGGCCAGCAUGAUGACCUUCAAUGAAUGGCUGGUUUACUCCACCAAGAUGUUGCGUCAAAUGAACAAAACUGGUGAGUUUGAUGUGUUCAGUUUGUACAACUCCAGUGAGUUCAAUAAGAUCCAAACUGCAUUAGAAAACUCCCCUGAGAUCGUGGACGUCCUGUUACACACAAUUGGAGGAAUGGCAGAGGACCCAGCAAAGGCCUUUAUUCUGACAAACAUUCCAUUGGAGAAGAUUUGUAUGAACAUGACAAUCUUUGAAGCAGUGGUUGUGGUGCCCCCUACAGUCCAUGCUGAUAUGGCCACCAUUCACAAAUAUGUGUGUGACCUGAACAUCAACUUCACUAUUCUCCUGGAAGAAAUAAGCCAAAGCUCAACUGAGAUGAGAGCAAUUUCAUCUUUGAUUGAGGCCACAGCAAGAGGACAGAAAGUGGAAGGACUGAAUAUUACUGCACUAGUAAUGAACUAUGGCAAAUAUCAGGGACUGAUAGAGGCAGUAAUCAGGAACCCUCCAACCUUCAAAUUUGGUGAGGAAACUGACUGGAUGAAUGUGUCAGUGUGGAAUGAUUUGUGGCUCAGGUUUUCUGGUGGACUGGAGGCUCGUACUUCUAUGUUACAGAAUCAGAGUGGCAUAUACAAUGUUUUGACAACACAGCUGAUGCCUGCUGUGGAACAGAUGCUGCUGCAGCUUAACAUGUCAGACUCAGCCAAGUCUCUGCUGCACUCAAUGAAUGGAGUCAUGGACCUGGUGAAAAACAGUAUUUCUCUCUCUGCAGGCAAUCCUUAUGCUUUCUUCACAUUGGCCAAUGAUACGGUGGAACUCAAAAAAUUAAUGUCUUUGAUGGAAAUGUCUCCAGAGAUAGCGGAAGUGAUCAUGUACACUGUUGUAGACCCAGUUAAGUCCUCCACUUUGAGCGGGAUGUUCACCAACAUAGAGACUAUGUGUACUAAAGAUCUUGGUCAGUUCCUGGUCAUCCCUGCCCACUCAAAGGUCAACAUCAGUGCUGUGCAGCACACCCUGUGCACUGUGAACUACACCGUGGUGUUACAUGAACUCCAGGAACUCAACGACAAGAUGUACGGCUCUUGGAGUAAUGUGAUGAGUUUGUUCAAUGUCACCAAUGUCCCAGAGAACACCACACAAAAGUUCAUCAUGAACAUCCACAACAUCCAGCAGCAAGUGGAGGAGAUGAUCAAGACUUUCACUGGGAACCAUACCGCCACCCCAGCUAUGGCAGUACCAUCAUGGCUGAAUGAAACACGCUGGCAGAACAUGAUUGAUAACUAUGUACAUCAUGUGCAGAAUCUGAACAUGACUAACAGCAUCCAAGCCACAAUUGAAGGUUUUGGCCCCAUGUUAAUGAGCCUGCUUACAACAGACAACAGCACUGCCGGCUAUCAGGUCCUCCAGGCAGUGAAUAAUGCCUUGGUACAGAUGAAAGUUUCACUUGGGUUUAUGUCAGGUACUUUUAACAUUGAAGAAUUGCUUGGAGGCGGCCAGGAAACCUGGAGAGUAGUAAAACUCUUAGAACACUCACCAGAAUUAGUAGAGACAGGCCUCAACUCCUUGUAUUUAAACCCAGAGAAGUUAUGGCCCAUGAUUGAGAGACUAGCAUUCAAUCCAGCAACCUGGACUAGCCCUGACAAUAUGAAAAAUGCCACUUGUACAGGGGACUGGAAUGACUACAUGACUCCAGCACCUGGCUCCACCUUUAAUAUCACUUCUGUCCAGAUGACCCUCUGUGGAGCCAACUUUACUGUUCUACUGGCAGAAUUAACUAAUGUAUUCAUGCCACAGGGCCCUGCUGAUGGCAGCUUUGACUUCAAAGAAUUUGGGGCAAACCUACAAGAAGUUACAGAUUUGUACACUAAGUACAUCCAAAGUUUUUAUGCCCCUACUGUGCCCACAGCAAUGCCCACAAUGCAAUUGCCAACAUGGAUGAAUGGUUCUGUGUGGUAUGAUAUAAUGGGCAGGUUUGCGGAGAGACUGCAACAACAACUGAUGUCUCAAGAUGUGUCUCAGAUAUUUGGUCUGUUAGAGAAGAUGUCUCCAUAUCUGGGCAGUGAGUUUGGAAUGAUGUUCACCGAACAAAACAGAAUUAUCAGCACAACAACAGCUGUUAUGGAUAUUCUUCUCCAGAAGUUGCAUAUGUUAAAUACUACCCACGGACAGCUCUCUGACUUCUUUGCCCAAUCCCCUGAAACUAAGAAACUGCUGGCCAUGCUCCGCAGCUCUCCAGACAUUAUGCAGGUCUUGAUGUAUUCCCAAAGUAAUGAAAAGUUUAUGGGAUUAUUUGGAGAGAGUGCAGCUUCAGCUCUGACUAAGAUCUGUACCCCAUCUCCUUAUUCCAACAUCUCUGACUACUUCAACAUUCCUGCUGGCUCCAACAUUGAUCUGGAGGCUCUGAAAUUGGAGUUCUGCAAAAUCAACGUCACAAUGCUUUAUGGGGAACUUGUAAAAGAGUUCAACAUCCAAGCUAUAAUUAAUGCAUUUAACAGCAACCAGUCAACAAAUUAUACUGCCUAUGCCAUGAAACAACAAGAGCUACAGGCCUUGAUCACAGAAUGGGCCACAAAUCCACCUAAGUUUGUUGUAGAUCCUGCCUGGAUGAAUGGAACACAGUGGCUGGAGAUUUUGGUCAAAUAUUCUGAGAGUCAGAAUGAUCCACUGAUGGCUCUCAGGCAGGGUGCAGCUGGUUUGGGUGCUUUAUUCCAAGCCUUUGAAAAUGACACCACUUUUAAUGAAGUGAUGUUGGUGCUGAACACAUUGAUCAAAGUGACCAACCAACACGUUUCCACGUGGGCAGGAAAGAACCUUACUCUGGCAGACAUCUUCUCGGACACCCCUGCUUUACUGGACUACCUGACCACAACACUGGACAUUGCACCACAGGUGGCCGAGGUGCUCCUGCAGGCCUCUGUGAGUGACCCACUUGUAGUUAUGAAGGCAAUGAGCUAUGGGAACUGGAGGGACUUUGUAUGCAAUGAAACCCAUGGAAUUAGCACAGUCUUGAGAGUACCUGCUGGUGUGAAUGUCACUGCAGUAGCAGCACAUGUCUGCAAAUUCAACGAGACUGUUAUUACGUAUGAAGUAAUGAAGAAACUUGGCCUUGACACCGUGAUCGCCAAGUUGAAUUCCAGCGUUCCAGUGAAGGUCAACUGGAGAGAGGUUUUGGAAGGAUCCAUGGAACUCUCCCAGCAUGUCCAGACCUUGCUUCAGAAGCAGCCUAACUUCCAGGUCCCACAGCUGGACGUGGCCCAGUUCGAGGCCAUCUGGAAAAAGUUUGUCUCCCAGAUGGAUGUCUCUAAUAUAAACCAAUGGAUAGAGACUGCCAUGAUGACCUUCGCCCAACUUUCAGAAACUCAGAACCUAAAUUUCAUUGAAACUUACUUCAAGUCUGGUCAGGUCUUGAUGGAGUACUUGAACACGAUGCUGGGUCACUUCAGACCAGAGGGAGGCGUGAUAAGAUUGGGAAAUAUCUUCAAGAACGUCACUCGCGUCAGAGAUAUGAUGGAGAUGGUACUCCACCUGGCGCCUGAUGUGGUCAAUGCCAUGAUGUCAGCUAGCAUCAGGAUGGAGAAGGCUGUCCAGUGGUCUCAGCUGACCCCAGCAGAGAUGGACGCUGUGUUCUGUAGCGAGGCCAAGCUGUUGGAAUACUUCUACUUCCCCGACACCUUUAACACCUCAUAUGCCAUCAGGGCACUGUGUGGCACCAACUGGACACAGUUAGGGCAAGUGCUGACCGAUGAGCUGGACAUACCCCAACUGAUUAAUAAUCUUAUGGCAGCAUUCAAUGGCAGUGGCACCUUCAACAUGGAGAGGUACAUGCAGGUGUCCCAGGAGAUCAGUAACACCAUCAUGCAGAUGGUCAAUGCCACUCACUUGGAGUUUAAUGGGAGAGAUGUCACCAAGUUCUUCACAGGCUUUAAUGGUACCCUGUCUCCUAGCACCCUGCUGACUGUCACACAGAACCUGCCUGCACUCACCGUGGAAACAUUUGGUAUGUUCCUGGACCAAUUGACCCCAUUCCUGGAAAAUGUCACCUUCUGGAGAGAUACAAAACCAACCCUAGAAAUCAUGAACAUCUUGGCAAGAGUGAUGAAUAAACAGCUAGAUGGACUGAUAAGUGGAAACCCUGUCACCAUGGAAACACUAUUUAAGAAUGCUACCCACUUUACUGAUGUGAUGAGGAAGGCAUUUGCCAUCACCCCUGAUAUCAUUAGGGUCCUCAACUAUGCAGCAGUUGAUCCACUCAAGAUUGGUGAAGCAAAAAGUGCUGAAGACCUGCAAGCUGUGUUCUGUUCACCAUCCACUGUGCUGCCACCUGGUAUCAAUGAGACCGCAGUGAGGAUGGUGCUCUGUGGCACCAACAUCACAGCCAUUUAUGUGGAGAUGAUGAACCAGAUUAAUUAUGUGGCCAUUGCUGAUGUGUUACACAAAGCCAAUUCAGGAAUGGACUUGGGUCCAUUUAACUGGACUUCUACUCUGGGAGAAAUGUACAAGCUCGGAGAAAAACUGGGUCUUGUCUUCACCAAUACCUCCUACCUUAGUGUUCUGGCCCAACCUGAGUUCUACAUGUUCAAUGGGGAUUUUAACACCUGGAUGAAAAAGCUGGAAAAUGCCAGCAUGCUGAAUACACGGGAGAUGAUGAUUGUAAUUGGAGCACAGUUGAACCAGAUGACACCUUUGUUAGAAACCACAGAUUUCUGGAGAAUGCAGCUUAGGCCACAGUUGGAGAUUCAGAGGAUUUUGAUCAAUGUGAUGGAGAAAAAAUUAGAAGGGCUACCACAACCAGCCACCACCUGGACCAUGGAGACCUUCUUCAAGAAUUCCUCCAACUUUGUUCACUUCAUGGAGAAGGCAUUUGAAGUGGCUCCAGACAUCACCAAGGCCUUUACUUAUGCCCAAGUGGAUCCACUGAAGAUUGCUGCUGUGACAGACCCAGCAGACAUUCAGGCGUUGAUGUGCGGUGAUGCCACCACUUACCCUGCCACAGUUAACGUCACUGCCGUCAAGGAGGUCCUGUGUAAAACCAACUUUACAGCAGUCUAUGUGGAAUUUAUGAAUGAAAUCAACUACCCAGCCAUUGCUGAAGUGAUCUACAAGGCAAGUAACAACAUCUCAAUGGGACCAUUCAACUGGACUGAGGUCCUCCUUGGUUCUCUGAGACUGGGAGAGAGAUUUGGAGUCGUCUUCACCAACAUCAAUUUACCCAAAGUACAGGAUUUCUUUAAUUUCCAUGGCAACUUCACUGCAUGGCUGGAAAGGAUGGCAACAGCAUCAACUCUCAACAACGAGGAUAUUGUAGCAAUGGUUGCAGCUUAUAUGAAGAGCAUCACACCAGCCAUACAGAACAUGUCUGGUGGGAAUGACCUCCUCAUGUUCUUCAAGGCAAUGGAUUUCCUGACUGAGACCCUGACUGACAGACUCCGAGAGUUCCAAGCCCAACCAAUCACUCUGGAAGUACUCCUGAAGAAUGCCACCCAGCACAUUGCGCUGUUGAGAGCUCAGUUGAACUUGGAUGACGAAACUAUCCAGACACUAAUGACGGCCAGGUUCAGACCCAACAAGUUGGCAGAAUUGGUGGCUUCACCAAACCCAGACCAGAUCCUGUGUACAUCAAGUAUAGAGGAACUGCUAGAGCUUCCUUCCAAUGCCACCAUGAGCCUGGACCAGCUCCAGCAAACCCUAUGUCAACUGAACACCACUGUGUUACAGCAGGAAUUCUUGAGCCAACUCAAUCUGCAGCAGCUCAUUGAUAUGAUUGUGAAUGGCAUGACCUCGGCUGAACCUGUACAAAUUGACUGGAUGGCAGCCAUUAGACACGCCCGUGAAUUAGAAGCAGUGAUCCGGCAGAUGAUCCAGAAUCCACCAAAAGUGGACCAAGAGCUCAUGAGCAUUGUCAACAUCACUAACCUGGGCCCAGUGUUUGCCAGGUUCGCUGAACAGUGGCAGACGGCAUUGACAAAUGUUGAUUUUAAUUCGUUAGCUGCCAUUAUGCAGAGUCUGAGUCCUAUGAUGCAGAACACAAGUUUUGGACGAGAAACCAUCAAAUAUCUCAGAAUAAUGGACCUCAUUAUUGAUGUCCUCAAUACACGACUUGAAGAAAUGCAAGGGAAACCUUUGAGCUUGAACAGUCUGCUGCUCAAUGUUACAAGUCUGGUGAACGUAAUGGAAAAUGUACUGAACAUAGACCCCAGUGUUGUACAGACUUUCCUCACUGCUAAUGUAGACUCAGCCAAGUUGAAUGAGCUAAUAAGCAACCCCAGCCAGUUCUGUAGUCAGGACCUGUCUCAGGUGUUGACCUUGCCAGGGGCUGACAUUAAUGCCAUUGAACAACUGAAGGAUUCCUUGUGCCAGGUUAACACCACUGUCAUCUUGAAUGAGUUAAAGAGGCAGCUGGACAUCAACAGACUGACUGGACAGAUUACUGACAUUCUGAACUCGAAUAGCACUUCAUUUGACUGGAUAGCCUACAUGGUGAAGACCCAGAAGCUGAGUGACCUGAUCACCAGUCUGGCCACCAAUCUCUCCACCGCUGACUUCCUCAGGUCACUCAAUACCAGCCAGCUCCUGAAUCCUGGAGCCAUGCAGCCUUUCACAUUUGAUCCCAAGAUGGUGACUCAGUUGAUAACAUCUCUGGCUCCAUUGUUGAAUGGCAUGGACGCUUCACUGUUGAAUGGCAUGGCUUGGAACCUGCAGAUGAUCAAUGCACAGCUCUCCAGGCUGGCAGAUCAAGGAUGGACUGUAGAACGUCUGAUGCAGAACCAGACAGCCCUGGCUUCCUUCUUCAAGGACAUGAUGCGCCUUUCUGGCACAAUGGCCACUGGUUCUGUAUUACUAGAGAGAACAGAAGGCGUGAUGAAGGCAUUGAUGCGUGACAGCCCCACUGGACAGCUGGUGUGCCAAAACACAUCUGCAGUGACCACAUUACUGGAUAUGAAGCCAGCAAAGAUUGCCACCUUGCAGCAGAUCUGGUGCAACCAUCAGCCAGAUGCUGCCUGGAAGGCUCUCAGGCAAAAUAUGUCUGCAGGGGAGCUGUACAGCAUUGAGCAAACUCUCUGGCAAUGGAGAUAUAUGCAUGCUAUACGAGUGGGUGACUACACAUUUGCACUGAAUGUGACUUCUCCCAAUUUGGACUUGAACGCACUCACAGACAGUGUCAGGACGAUGAUAGGUGUGCUGGAAAAACUGCAGUUCAUGAACUCUGGACUUGGCACAUUCAAUGCCUCUUACUGGCUACAUGCUUUGAAUACAUUCAGUAUGGCAUCCACAGAGGGCAACAUACUGCUAAUGCUGGAUACCCUCCGCACCCUGGAUCCAUUGUUCAGUGACAGUGAGAUUUGGACAGAGCUGACAAAAUAUGUGAACGGAUAUGCUGUCUUUGCCAACUACCUCAACACACAGAUGGAGAAAAUGCAGGUUCGAAACUUCACGGUUCGGUUGGUGGACAUGCUUCCUGAUCCAGUCGCCAUGCAAGAGAUGCUGACUGCAGCCAUGAGCCCAGAGUUUGCUGCUGAGUUUAUGACAGCUGGCAUGUUCCCUAUCAAGUUCAUGGGCAUGUCCUCAGAUUUUGCCAGUAUGCUGUGUAAUGCGACAGCAUUUAACACCGUGUUCCACUUCCCAGAGGGCCUUGACACUGUGAAAAUCCAACAAAAGCUGUGUGCUACAGCCAAAAAUGAUUCUCUGUUUACUCAGAAAUUCUUGGAUGCAAUGGACAUGAAUAUGAUGGUCGAACAGAUGAGACGUGCAAUAGAACAGCCCAAGAGUAUGGAUACAUGGAGCUACGUGAUUGGCCAGAUGGAACGCAUGUUUAAGAACAUCGACAUGCUGUCCAAGUUUGGUGUAGACAUGGGUGGUAUGGGCAAAUACACAACCAUGCUCAGCAGCUUCCUUACAAUGCUCAAUGAGCCCAAUUACAACAGUGCUGGUGCCAUGUGUGAUGCCACAUUCUCUUACUUGAAGCAGAACACACCAUAUUACCAGCUGAUGAAGAACUCUCUGGUGGCCAACAAGUACAUGAUGGCCAUGCAGCUAGACCUGGUAGAAAUGGUAGCAGAAAUACCGAGAAUGAUGUGUGAUAAGGAUAUGGACAUGAUGAAAUUGUGGGAAGAGAUUAAAACCUCUGGUAUGCUGGACCAUAUGGAUAAGUUGACUAAAGUCUUAACUGGCAACCUGUCCGAGCCGUUCCUCUGCAGUGAUCUCACAACCCUCCAGUACCAGACUAUGGAACAGACCAACAGAACCAUCUUGCACCUCAUAGCCAACUCUAACCAAAUGGCGUAUUGUGCCAGGAAUAAUAUGUUUGUGGACAUGACUUUUGCACAGCAAAUGGAUUGGGUAAUGAGAAUGCUUGGGCAAAUGCAGACCAUCUUGAACAACCAAACUAACAUGGCAUUAGACAUGACUAUGCUGAAUCAAAUCAUGCCAUAUGUCCAGAUGAUCAGCAGUGCAUUCAUCCAACCUGAUCCAGUGUGGGCCAAUUUCACUGAGAUCUUGAGAAACCCCAGUGACCUGAACAAGUUCUUCCGUGAUGUGCUGAGUCUCAGUCCAGACAUGAUAGAUGCCAUACUUAAGUCGACAAUAGAUCUCAGCUUGAACUCUCUGGUGAACAAGACAGACAAAGAAGUUGCAACUUUGCUGUGCAAUUCCACAAAGUUGCAGGGACUUAUUCAGUUGCCUACAGCAUUUGGUAUUGAUGUUAGUGAAGUGAGUUCUGCUCUUUGCGGACCCAACAUCUCGCAGACAGUAAAGAUGAUCCAACAGAGCAUUGAUGUGGGCAGAGUGCUACUUGCAUUGUCCCAGACUACCUACAGCAUCAAUACAACAUGGGUAGACUCAUUCUCCAAGAACCUGCAGCAGUUGUUCCAGGUUGGCGAUGCCCUCUUUCAGCUGCAGGACGCCUUCUCCAGCCUCAGUCUGGACAAACUGGGAGAGGUCUUACCGCAGUUACAGACAUUCAUGCUCGAAAAUGGACCAGAUUUGUUGUUCAACAGCAUUCAGCAGAUUAUAGUAGACCUGAGCAAGGCCAUAACAGACCCCACAGUAAGGACACUCCUGCAGGACCUAGACGUCUUAGCCACUGGAAUCAAAGGUCUGAAUGUCAUCAAGGCCUUCAUGCCCCCCACUGUGAAGAUACAAGACGUGCUAAAGGACCCCAGCGCCUUCCAGACAUACAUGACAAGUGAGCUGGGACUACCUGUACCUGUGGCCAAUGCUGUACUGGGGAGCAGCUUGACGUAUACUGUGCUGUACAAUGCAAGCAAGAAUAUGUCUCCUGAAGACAUGAAGGAACUGUUCUGUAACCCAGACCAACUCGGCUCCCUUAUCCUCAUCAACUCUACGACAGUGACCUCUAUGGAUGUGAGCAAUGCCAUGUGCGCCAUCAGUAAGGACCUGGUGGCUAACAUCACAGAGAACUUACUGCUGAGACUGGGUGUAGGAGAGAUGGUGAAACAGUUUAUUGCAUCUGGUAUAGAUAGUGUGCUGCCAAGUACGACCGAUACUGAAAAUAUCAAGAGAGUCCUGAAGAACGUGGAGGCCACUAAGGCCACACUGGAAAGUGCAUUCAGAGGGUUUGCCAACCUGACUGCAAGCCUUCCAGCAGACUUUGCUGCCUUUGAUGACAGUGCUGCAUUUCCAAGUCCUUCAGCCUCUCCAACUCCAACCACUGGAUUAAACUUAACUCUAAAUGGGUAUCCAGGUACGUCUGCAUUGACAUCAAUGGGGUCCAUUAUUUGCGGCACGCAGUUAAAACUUGAUGAUGUCUUCCAACUGACCAGCCCUGGCACUUCUGGUAUCCCCACGGAAGAGAUGGAGAAAGAACAAGCCACUCUGCCUGGUGGAUUCUGUCAGGAUAUGUACAUGAAUGUCAUACAGGAGAAAGGUGGCGCUGUCAUCUGGUCCUACAUCAAACCUUUGCUGAGAGGAAAGAUUCCGUUUGCUCCUAACACUCCUACAACUAGAGCAAUCAUUGAGAAGACCAAUUUCACAUUUGCUGAGCUGGAGAAGACCAAAGAUUUCAUGCAGGUUUUCCUGGAUGGUUCAGAGAGUUUGGCUGCUUUGAUGAACAGAUCUCAACAAUUAAAUGAAAUCACGGCAGCUCUGUCCAAUCCAUUUGUUAGUGGUGCACUGGAGCAGACCUUGGGCAUGAACGGCCAGCAGCUUGCUACCAGUCUGGAACAAUUUAACACCCUGCCAAAAGAAGAACUGGACAAGAUCAAGUCACUUGUUAGAAUAGUUCUGAGGUUCUACGACUGCUUUCAAUUGGACAGAUUUGAGGGUUAUGACUCAGAGGAAGAAGUUGUCAACAGGGCUAGAGAACUCAGACGAACAAACGAGCUGCAAGCAAGUAUUGUUUUCCUGGAUAUGGAUAGUGCUAACAACCGUAAGAAGCGGUCUGAGCCAGUGGUGGACUUGCCAAAACACAUCAAAUACAAGAUCAGAAUGGACAUAGAAAAUGUGCCAAGGACGGAUAAGCUCAAAACUAUUAUAUGGAUGCCAGGUCCAGAGGCCAACUUUGCCAGUGACAUGAGGUACAUGCGUGGGUUCGUCCAGAUGCAGGACAUGAUUGACCAUGCCAUUAUUGACCUUCAGGCUGGCCAGAGUGUGACCAAGCCAUCUGUGGCAGUCCAGCAGUUCCCCUAUCCCUGCUACCACACUGAUGACUAUAGCAGCUAUUUUAUUCGUUACCUCCUCCCUGUUGUAAUAACCCUGGCAUUUGUUGGCUUAAUAGCCGUAGCUAUCAAAUCUGCUACAUACGAACGUGAAAAAGGCCUGGACGAGGUGAUGAAGAUCAUGGGGAUGCGCCCCCUGGUGAGCUGGUUGGGAUGGUUCUUCACCACCAUGUUCACCAUGACUGUCACAGUUGCUCUGAUAACUCUGAUCCUCAAAGUCAGCAACGUUGUCAUCUACAGCGACCCCCUGCUGCUGUUUGUGUUCCUCCUCGUGUUUGCAUUCUCUACCGUUAUGAUGUGCUACCUGAUCAGUUCAUUCUUCACAAGAACCAAUGUGGCAGCUCUGGUUGGCAUCCUUGUCUACCUCAUCACCUACUUGCCAUAUGUGGUGGUGGUUACCAUGGAGCAGGAAAUGGUGUUCUGGCAUAAGAUUCUUUCUUGUCUGUCAUCUACCACAUCCUUUGGUUAUGCCUGUUCUUACUUGGCAAGAUAUGAGUUACAAGCUGUUGGCAUGAACUGGCAGAAUAUUGAUGAGAGUUUGAUACCUGGAGAUCAGUUCAACCUAGCUUGGGCCAUUUAUAUGAUGUUGAUCGACAGCGCCAUCUAUCUGUUGAUUGGGUGGUAUGUCAGGCAUGUCAAACCAGGAAAGUUUGGACUCCCACAACCAUGGUACUUCCCUGUUUCCCCUUCAUACUGGGGCUGCAGGUCCUCUAAGAAGUACAAGUCUGUCAACGGUGUGUAUGGCAAUGGAAAUGCUCUAAAUGAGAAACAAGCUUCAAAUUUUACAGAGUUCUCUUCUGGCAUUCCUUUGUGUUCAGAACAACGUUCAUGGUUUCGUAGCAGGAAUUCCAAUAAGUAUAUAUUGGAUCACAUUGGUUUGCAAAAUCUGCAAAAUGAUUUCAACAACCCAUGGACAGAAAUGAACCCGGCCGUCCUCCCAGUGGGGAUCUCCAUACAGAACCUCACCAAGGUCUACAAGAAGGGCAAGUGCUGUGGUGAGAGUGGCUCACACAGGGCCGUGAAUGGACUGUCCAUUGACUUCUAUCAGGGUCAAAUUACUUCAUUCCUUGGACACAACGGGGCUGGAAAGACCACCACCAUCAACAUGUUGACUGGCAUGUUCCCUCCCAGUGAAGGCACUGCUGUCAUCUAUGGUAAGGACAUCUACAGUGACUCCUCUGACAUCAGGGACAACCUUGGAUUCUGUCCUCAGCAAGAAGUGCUUUUUGACUUCUUGUCUGUGAAGGAACACCUGGAGUUUUACUGUGGUCUGAAGGGAAAAUCUGGCAAGUUUAUUGUCAAGGAUGAAGUGGAUAAUAUGUUGCAAAACAUGGGGCUGUGGGCAAUGCGUCAUGAGCCAGUGUCUCACCUCUCUGGGGGAAUGCAGCGCAGACUGUCAGUAGCGAUAGCCUUCAUCGGGGGCUCUCAGGUGGUCAUCUUGGACGAGCCUACCGCCGGUGUGGACCCUAGUGCCAGGAGAGCCAUAUGGGAUGUUAUCCUUGAACACAGAAAAGAUCGCACCAUCUUGCUGUCUACACACCACUUGGAUGAGGCCGAUGUGAUCAGUGACAGAAUUGCCGUGAUACACAAGGGCAAGCUGCUAUGCUGUGGUUCCUCCAUGUACCUGAAGAAGAACUUUGGCAGUGGUUACAUGCUUACCAUGUCCAAGAUGAUGGGAAAACAACCAGUGGAUAUGGGAGCAUCAGCUGAUGGGAGUGAAAAGAAGAAAUCCCUGUGUGACACCAGCAAGGUCAUGACCUUCAUCCAGCAGUACAUCCCUGGUGCCGCCCUGGUGGAGGACUUGGGACAAGAGAUGAUGGUGGGACUGCCUGUGGGAGAGGGACAACAGAAAUGGUUCCACACAUUCUUCAAGAAACUGGAUGAGAACAUGGACCAACUGGGCAUUGCAAAUUAUGGCAUCACUGAAGCCACCCUUGAAGAGGUGUUCCUUAAGAUCUGUGGCCAAGCAGAUGAGGGAAAACCUUUGGACAGUUCUGAACUGAAGAAUAAACGAAUCAGGAGAGACAGUGAUGCCAGCGCCACCGACAGCGGAAUUAUCUCUGAGGGAAGUGGAUCUGGUGCUAGCAGCGAGUGUGGAACCACUGCAACGUCUGGAAAAUGGGGAAGCACCAAGACCAAGAAAGGCGCCAGUCUUGGAUUUGCUCAGUUUGGUGCUCUACUCAGUAAACGUUUCCACCAUGCCAGGCGGGACAUCCGAGGCUACAUCACCAUCCUGGUCUUGCCCUGUAUCUUUGUUGCCAUGGCGAUGGGAUUCUCCCUGAUACGACCAAGAAAUGUGGAUCACCCAGACCUGACUCUGGCUCCAUCCCUGUACCUGCCCAAUAAUGUCUUCUUCAAGAAUGAAGCCCCAGGAGAUUCUAUGACUAGGAGUUUUGUAGAACAGUUGAGUUCUUCUCCAGGAAUUGGAACGAGGUGUAUGGCAGAUGGUGGAAUGGGACCUGGAUUCCCAUGUAUGUCAGUGUCCAGUGAGAUAAAGGGAAGUAGUACAGGGAAUGGGCUACCUAACUGUACCUGCCCUACCACUGGAGACUACACCAACAAGCGUCAAUGCAACUAUGACAACUAUGUAGAACCUCAGCACUGGGAAACUAACACCACAGAGACAGUGUGGAACCUGAAGGACCGUGAUGUGGCCAACUGGAUCCUCAAUACACAUGAGAUGUUUGUGGAAAAGAGAUAUGGUGGCUGGAGUUUUGACAGUACCAAAGCCAAGGUUUGGUUUAACAACAAGGGCCACCAUGCCCUCCCAUCCUUUGUCAAUGCCAUGAGCAACCUCAUCCUCAGGGCAAACAUCAAUGAAACAGUGCGAGGAGACCAGGCUGAUUAUGGAAUUACUGUACACAACCAUCCUCUGGCCCUGUCUGCACAGCAACUUAGUCAGGAGACACUGACCCAAAAGGCUGCCGACACUGGCAUAGCUGUCACCAUUCUGUGUGCAUACAGCUUUAUCCCUGCUGCCUUUGUCAUCUACCUGAUCACGGAGAGACUGAGGAAAGAGAAGCGUCUGCAGUUUGUCAAUGGCGUAGGGCCUGGGCUGUACUGGUUUGCUGCCCUGGUCUGGGACUUACUCCAGUACCUGAUACCAGUGGGGCUUGGCAUAGGCAUCAUUGCCAUAUUCCAAAUAGACAUCUACACAGCCAGACUGAACUUACCAGCGGUGGCCUUGUUGCUGUUCAUGUAUGGCUGGGCCUGUAUCCCAGGCAUGUACAUGACAGUGAAGAUUUUCAAGGACUCGGCUACAGCAUACAUGGUCCUAUUCCUGACCAAUAUGGGCAUAGGAAUCCUGACCACUCUCAGCAUCUUCCUGCUCUCAAGUCUCUUCUGGAUCGAGAUUCUCCAAGACGUCAUGGUCAUUCUGGACAAAGUGUUCCUGAUCUUCCCCCAGUACUGUCUGGGAGGUGGACUGGUCAAGCUGACCAGGAACCAGCUUCAGGCCAAUGUGUUCAGCAUCUUUGGCCAGGACACUUACGUGAACCCAUUCUCCUACGAAAUGCUGGCCUGGCACUUUGUGGCUCUGGCAAUAGAGGGCAGUGUGUUCUUCAUCAUCACUUUGCUCAUAGAGUACAAGUGCUGUGGAUCUUGCUGUAUCAGACAGAAGAAGCCUGCACCGGCUGACUACAAGGAAGACGAUGAUGUGGGAAGAGAGAGACAGAGGGUGAUUUCUGGACAAACUGAGUCUGAUUUACUGGUGUCUAGUGGAUUGUCCAAGGUUUACGGCAACUGUAUGAGACGUUCAGUGAUGGCAGUGGACAAUGUCACAUUUGGUAUCCCUAGAGGAGAGUGUUUUGGUUUACUUGGAGUGAAUGGAGCUGGGAAGACAACAACCUUCAAGAUGCUGACUGGAGACACUAAGAGAUCUUCUGGAUUUGCACUGCUGAAUGGCAAGAACAUUACCAGCGACAUGGACAACAUGGCCCAGAAUGUGGGCUACUGUCCACAAGUGGAUGCCCUGGACGACUACCUGACCGGCCGAGAGCUCCUCACUGUGUAUGCUAAGAUCAAGGGAAUACCAGGCAGUGAAAUCAAGGCUGUUGUGGACACAGCCCUGACAAAGCUCCAACUCCAACUUUACGCGGACAAAGCUGUGAAGACCUACAGUGGUGGCACCAAGAGGAAGCUGUCCACAGCAGUGGCACUGCUCGGAGAGCCGGACAUUGUCUUCAUGGAUGAGCCAACCACUGGAAUGGAUCCUGUGACAAGGAGACUGGUCUGGAACACCAUACGCAGGGUUGUGAAGGAGGAUCGCUCAGUGUUGCUGACAUCCCACAGUAUGGCAGAGUGCGACACUCUGUGUACUCGUUUGGCCAUCAUGGUCAAUGGACAGUUUAAGUGUCUGGGCAGUCCUCAACAUCUGAAGAGUAAAUAUGGCACUGGAUACAUCAUGAAGAUCCGCGUGGCUUACCAGGAUAAUGGUCUUCCCGACCUUGGCUCUGUCACUGACUUUGUUCAGGGAACUUUCCCAGGAGUGGCACUCAAGGGCCAACAUGGUAACUUGCUGGAGUUCCACAUUCCAUCUGAGGUUGCCAAACUGUCGUUCAUCUUUGGAAUUAUUGAGAGUGAGAGGGAGAGACUGUGGAUAGAAGAUUACUCUCUUUCACAGACAACAUUGGACCAGGUGUUUAUCGGAUUUGCUGAGCAGCAGACAGAUGGAGUGAUCAUCGAGGAAGUUGGUGAUGAAGAAAAUUUGAAGUCCCACAUUUACGCAGCCCCGAGAGGCAACCAAUCAUUUGAUAACAAGGCAUACGAAGUAGGAUUCUACCCUCAGCAUGGCGGCAAGGGUGCUUCUCGUUAUGGGCAGAAUAUUCUGCAUUCCAGUGAAGGGCAGGUCCCACUUCCACUGGCAGAAGAUAAGGAAAUGCCAGACAACGCUUACAGCACAAGGUUGUAAUAAAACCAGGGGUCAUUCUUUGGACUUAGGACUUGCAUAGAGGUUACUGAAAACACCUUUAGUGUCAGAAAGUGAUUUAUGCUCUAUGUUUUUAUCAUAAUUUUAAUUGAGGACGAAUGGUCCAAUAGGACUCAAUGAAUGUGAAAUAUUAAUAUGAAGAGAUUCAUGGGAAUGGUUUUUUUUUUAAAUAUAUCAUCUUAAUGAUUGCAUUUUAAUAGGACUCUUAACAGAAAAGGACUUUAAACAUAAAACAAUACAUGAAUUUUCAAGUUGUUAUAUCGUUGACUUUUACUGGUGAUAAGCAAAGCCAAAAGAUUGUUUGAAUUUUGUAAUGUAUUGGAACCUAGUGGAGCAAUGCCACUGGAUUGUAUAAUAGCACAUUCUGAGAUUAUUGAAAUCCACAGUCAAUAUUUUUAUAUAAUUUGUAUUUAUUAUUAAGGAGAUAUAUAUAUAUUUAAAAAGGACAAUUUUUUAGGAUUUGUAAUUUUCCAUUACCUUUGUAGAGCAUUGAAUAAUAUGUACAUUCCCUUCAAGUAAAACCUGUCAAAAUGGUUAAUAUUGUCAAUUUUAAAAUAACACAUGUAUUUUCUAUAUUUCAUUCGUUACCUAGUACUAUGAAAGAAUAACAAGCUAGAAUAAGAUUAGAGAAAAUGUAUAGGGUAAUGAGUUACAAAUGCUUCUUUUAUUUCACACUAAAAUUGAAACAACUUUUUUUCUAGUUACUCUACACUCACACACAUACAAAUAGAAAAAAAAAAAACAAAAGAAAAAAGAUUUACUAUUGUAAUGACUUCCAGUACAAAUUAGACGACUUCCUUCCAAGUAUAUUCUAUAUAAUUUAUCUUGAUAACAUAGAUAUUGUAGAUGACAUUAAAUUAAUGUUUAGUUGCUGUGUGUGAUAUUUUCACAGAUUUUACCAAUUUGUCUUUUGCAACUGAUCAAUGCAAUUUGGCGUGAUAUACCUGACAGUUGGGUAAAAUGCCUUUGACAUAUUUUCUCUCCUUGAGGAGUAUAUUCCUAGUCUUCUUUGAGCUUUUAGUUAACUUUAAGCUGGUCAGUGUUUACUCAAGAAGAGCAUGUGCCAUCCGAAGAGAUGUUGGUUAUGAAUUUGACUGCUAGUUGAACUUUGAGUCAGUGUACUUAAAUCUUAAAUGCUGGAGGAAAAGGACAUGCCAUUUGUUAUCAACACAACAAUGCAAUUUUAAAAUUAAUAAAAUUAUAUGCCCCA